GAACAAGAAGGUUACUCCAAAUCGGUAGGACUAACCAACACGACGACGAAUAGAAUCGAUUCCUCCACCGUCUUCCUCCGAACCAAGCAAACUCCGAUCCUUGAUAUAUCCCCUCUCAGCCACCGUGGCUCCGGAUAUCUUACGACGGCUGUUCCCAGCUCGGACCCGAAGACCCGCCCCGAUCAUCCCUUUGACCCGGCUUGAAAUGAACCUCUUCCGGUUCUGCUCCGGUCUGAAAGUCCUCGGCUACUUCGUGAUCCUUCUCGUCAUCACCUUCGUCGCCGUAUCUUACUACGCCGUCGUCGUCAACACAUGGUGGCCGAUCUUGAUCGAAAACAACCAUAAAGCUCUCUCAGCUCUCGCCUGCUUAAUCAUCUUGGUCUUCCACUUCUUGUUGAUAAUGCUGUUGUGGAGCUACUUCACUGCUGUGUUCACGGACCCUGGCUCUGUUCCUGAGCAUUUCAGCAGAGAGCUUGUGGUUGUGGGUGAUAGUUUGGAGGCUGGUGCUUCGACAGGACAAGGAGCUUUAGGUUACUGUCCGAAAUGUAGGAAUGUUAAGCCGCCUCGUUGCCAUCACUGUUCUGUCUGUCAAAGAUGUGUUCUCAAGAUGGAUCAUCACUGUGUUUGGAUUGUUAACUGUGUUGGAGCGCGUAACUACAAGUUCUUCCUUCUCUUUCUGUUGUAUACUUUUCUGGAGACAUUGUUGGAUGUUGUUGUCUUGCUUCCUAGUUUCAUUGAGUUCUUUAGCCAAGCUAUAAAGCAUUCCUCUUCUCCGAGUCAACUUGCUUCUCUCGUUCUGGCUUUCGUUCUUAACUUAGCGUUCGUUCUCAGCCUUCUCUGUUUCAUAGUCAUGCAUCUCUCUCUCCUCUCAAGCAACACUACUUCAGUCGAGGUUCAUGAGAAGAGCGGAGAUGUCAGAUGGAAAUAUGACUUAGGAAAGAAGAAAAACUUCGAGCAGGUUUUUGGGAAGAAGAAGGCGUUUUGGCUCCUCCCUUUGUAUUCUAAAGAUGAUCUCCAUAACAUAACUUCACUUCAAGGCCUUGAGUUUCCUACUCGUUCUGACAUCGACCCUUGAUUCAAACAACAAUUAUUCGACCAAACAUCGUUGAUAACUCUCUUCUCAAAUUGUAUCUCUGAAAACACACUACAUUGUUGUAAUAGUGAAAUUGAUUUGAUUCAUUUGUUACUUUAUGCUCUUCAGCUUACCUGAUAUGAGAACCAGUGGUUACUUGUUGUACAAGUCAAUAA